AAUCUCAAAACCCAAAAACCAAAUAGUUAGAAGAAAAAAAACAAUCCAAGGAAUAUGAAAAGCGCGGUAAAAAAGCUACUAUGUUGCGGAGCUAAGAGCUUUUCCCACAGAGCGAGAUUACCAGAGGAAGGACGAGUCCGCGUAUAUGUCGGAAACGACAGAGAUACGCAAUGCAAGCUAGAGAUGGAUGCUGAUUUCCUGACCCACCCUUUGUUCCAGGAACUCCUCCGGUUUUCUGAAGAAGAGUUUGGUUACUCAUACGAUGGCGCUUUGAGGAUCGCCUGCGAGAUCAAUACGUUCAUCGACAUGAUCAAUUUCCUCAAGUCCACAACUCAUUUCACUUAUAAUAACAACACUGGUUUUUGAAGAUAAUAUUUUCUUCUACAUUAUUUUGGUUUCUUCAGCAGAGAAUUAAAGAGGUUAUAUUCUAAUAUUUUCUUUUAUUAUUUGGGAGUAAAUGCCAGUGAGAAAUGUAGGCAUGUGGAUUUCAUCUCGAUCUCAAUUAUUUUUCCUUCUUUUCUUGGGAAAUUGAUACACAUGAUUUAAUGUUGUAGAGCUAUUUUUUCGUGUCAAAGUUCUAUGAUGAACCCUUCUUUCCCAUCAAUGUACCUUUUUCACUCCAUGAUUCACGAUAUAUAUUCCAUUAUACAUGACUAUAUUCAUUUACCAAUCUACAUAUGUUGCAAAUACGCUUUUGCACUAUAUUCUAGGUAAUUGGCUUACUUAUUCUUAGGCUCCGAAUGGUAACUGCGGUUUGAGCGGUGCGGAACAAGCGGUUCAACUGCGGUGCGGAGCGGGGCGGUUGUAAACAUUUGAAGCCUUAGUUUCACCUAUGGUCCCCUAAAUUUCUUAUCAAUCUUAUAAUUUUUUAUCAACAUUCAUUCUCAAAUCGAAUAUGUUUUUUAUAACUUCCAACGUAAACAUUCUACAAAUAUGUCUUAAUCCUAAAACGGGAAAACCCGAACAAAACUCAGCUCAAGUAGAAACGAAAUUAUUUAAAACAUAUCUUUUUCAAAUAUUUGACACCACUCUAUAACUUCUACAUACGCAAUUCUUCGAGGUACCUGCAAUAAUGCCUAGUGAAGGAUGAAUAAGUUAUUUAACCUAGUGAAAAUAGGUUUUAGGAAUUCAUGAACUCAUCUAAAAUAACACAAUACAACAACUACAACUCAUAAGGUAAUAUUUAAACCAGUGAACAUUCUUGAAACAUCCAAGUUUUUGAUAAAUAUUAAAAGGCUCAAUAGAAUUGAUUUGACUAUCUAUGUCUUCAAAUUGCAUUUAUAUUUUUGGACACACAUAUAAAGAAAACUCUCGAGUUAAACAUACUUAAUCUGGAGUAGUCAAAUGAUAGAUGACCUAUUAGGAAGUUAUUCGUGAUAACAUGCGAGUGAGUUUAAAACACGGAAAAAUAUUAUAUGGUGAUUACAUAAUCAAUAACAAAUGUUUUAAGCCUCCGAAAAAUUAAUAUACCAACCGUCAAAAAAAUUGAAACCACGGGCCGAGUGAACGGGUGUGGAAAGUCCACUAUCUGUGGACAGCCGGGGCAUGGCAUUAUCACAAAAGAGGCUCAUAAUAUCUACAAGACUACAUACUUUCUAUUCUCAUCAUUGGUGCGCUAUAGCGCAUUCUGCACCUACAUCAAGUGCCCUUUAAGCAGAUGUGCCAGCUAUUGUCCGCCCUCAUAGCAUUAGGAUCCAAAUCAUCCCCUUACAACAAUCAAACAUUCUCUUGGAACUUUAUCACAUUUGCUAUAAUCGCUACAUAUGUGACAGUUCUAUUAACAAUACUACUCACCAGAAUCAUCAUUCAAUCAUCAAAGAAUAAUUGUAAGUUUAAGCAACCAGAAAAGUUCAGGACCCGAAGGUAAACCCCGUCUCUUUCAGAGGAGAUGCCAACCAUCUCUCAUGUCUAUAACAUAAGCGUCUAAAACCCUUGUUUUAUAGGCUUUAACCUAUUACAAUUAAGGAUAAUAUCUGCUACACCUAGUGACUAACAACUUGGAGAUAGAGGCUCUCAUUUGGGUAACAAAAUGUAUGAUGCAUCUAAGAUAGUUUACUGUUACAUUUGCAACAGAUUGUUCUCCGUUAGUGAAGAUGGUUUUGGAACCAGAAGAAUGACUAGUCUUUACAAGUUAUUUGGAAGACAUAAAGAUCUUAAAGAGAAGUUUCAACAGCUGAGAGCUCAUUCAUAUACCACAGACGCAAAAUUCAAGGGCAGACAGUCUCGCACGCAGUGCAAAAAAAACAACCGUCGUUUGUUGUCCAUAUGGAUGCGGAGCUACCAGUUUGGUUUGCAUAAUCUAUAUGAGUCUGUUUUAAGUUCUUGACAAAAAAAGAGUGACUCAUAACUACAAGGGACGAAGAGGGAAAGAGAAGAAUAACACACUUUCAAAAAUAAAUAAGAGAAACUUAUUAUUUUAGUUACAUUCCUUUCCAAAUAAAGUCAUUGAAGAUUGGAGAUGGAAAAAGAUAGAAGGCUGUGUCACCAAAUUAAAUUUAAAUGACAGCUAAUACAUGACUUAGUAGUUGUUGACAAAAAAAGCACUUAGUAGUUAAGUAAGAGGGUGUAUCAUGAGGCUCUCACAUGCCUUAGGACUUGGGGAUGAUUGUCCAAUGUCCAAAACCAACCAUCGUAGUUCACAUGUAGUCAACUGGCAUGUAUAAUAAAUUAUACUAGACCUUAAUCGCGCGUCCGCAAGGAUAUUGAUGUUUACGUUUCUAAUAAUAUGAUAUUUAUUUUUCAUGAUUAAUGUUAUAUAUUUUAGAUGUGUCACCAUAUAAAUAAUUGUAUUCAAAAGAUCUGGAUCAAAUCGGAUAAUAUAAUUGUUUUUGGUACAAAUAUUCCAAACCCGUUUCAGAUAUAUUAGUUAUUUGGAUGUUAAGGUUCCUAUACAUUAGAACCAAACCAUCUUAAACCAGAGGACCCAACUCAAAACUCAUACAUAAAUUUAUAAUAUCCAAGUGGGCUAAUUUCAAAACCCAAAAAAUAUACUCGAAAGAAACAAUCCGUACUUGAAUGGAUACCCGAAUGUCCAUGCCUAACUGAUUUUGUAAACAAAUAAAAAAAAAACUAUUUCUAUGUGUAUGGAUAAAUUAAAAGAAAUAGAAAGAGUUUUUUAUUUAGUAAAAUAGUUAUAUGGUGUGAAAAAUUCAGUGACAAUAUAUGGAAUAUGUUUUUUUAUUAUUUUGAUUUGAGUUAUUCUUUUGUUCACAUAAACUAUGUCAUUGAACUAUUUGUUUGGCUACAUAAUUUUUCACUGAUUGAAACUAAGAUAAAAAUAGUGAAACAUACUAAACGGAACUUCUAACCAUAUGCAAAACUCGGUUACUUUACAUUUUGAUUUUGAUACAAAGUUAAUUUUGAGUAACUAAUAAAUAAAAAUCUGCAAUAUUAUUAUCAUGAUAAUAUAAUUAAUGAUGUGAUGUAUUGUUAAAGUAAUAUAAUUAAUGAAAUUGUUAAAUUAAGUGAAAAAUGGAA